GCCAUUUUGUAAGGAGAGGUUGAGAGAAAGGGAAGCAGGCAGGCCUGGGCACAGACUAGCAAGCUAGAGUUAAAAAAUAAACCACGAAAGAAAACCCAGCCGUCCUUCGAAACCCAUUAUCAUCCUUGAGGGCAGAGAAUCUUAUCGUAUGUCCGCUAUUCAGAACCUCCAAAGCUUCGACCCCUUUGCGGAUGCAACUAAGGGUGAUGAUCUGCUCCCGGCUGGGACUGAGGACUAUAUCCACAUAAGAAUUCAGCAGAGAAACGGCAGGAAGACUCUGACCACUGUCCAGGGAAUCGCGGAAGAGUAUGAUAAAAAGAAACUAGUCAAAGCUUUCAAGAAGAAGUUUGCCUGCAAUGGGACAGUGAUUGAGCAUCCAGAAUAUGGUGAAGUGGUUCAGCUGCAAGGUGAUCAGCGCAAGAAUAUCUGCCAGUUCCUCACUGAGAUUGGCUUAGCUAAGGAGGAGCAGCUGAAGGUUCAUGGAUUCUAAGUGAUGCCCAGCCAGGUCCCAACAAUAAAGCUACGCGUUUCUGUUCCAGCCCUUGCAGGUUUCUUUAGAUAAUGGCUUCUGAUUUAAGACCAUGUUUUCCAGCCUUUGGAAAAGGGGAUGAUCCAAUUAAGGACACUGGCAAGAUAGCUUACAAUGUGAUGAGUAUACAAUGUUAAACGGCUGCAAGUGGAAACCGCUGUGGAAAUGAAACACUGGCUUUCCUUUUUGUUUUAAUGCUUUUGAUUGUUUUUUUAAUGUGCUUCUUUUAAAAAGCACCGAUUCCAUGUUUGAGUUUUUGUACAAUGUUUCAAAAUAAAAUCUGCAGACGUCA